AUGUUCUCAGAAAAGUUACAAACUAAGAGAAAAACUGUUAAUCCUUUUCAAUUCAGCUUCCAGCAAAACUUUCAUGUCUCCCAAAAUUAA